AUGAGCUCUCCACCAAAUCCAGUUAAAAUUCUUCGCGUUGUGAUUUCAUCUAAUAUAAGUGGAACCGUCCUCGCCGAAAAAUCAAUUGACUGGCGUUAUACAACAGAACAUGUUACCAUUGCAAAAUUGUGCCAAGUUUUACUUCAGCUUUCAACUGAAUUUGAUGACGGCACUGUUCAAUUUGCUUCAUUCGAACCACAAGAAAACGAGCCUCCUGCUUCUUCAAGAUUAGCUUCACAAAAUUCUGAAACACGUUACUUAAAUUUAGGUCUGCUGCUUAAAGACGACAUAAUUACUGCCGUAUUUUAUAAAAUUAAUGCAGAUAAACGUCAGCCAGAGCAUGCAGAUUUUAUAUCUCAGGUAUCACAGAAAAUCCACGCAGCAUUUGCGGCUAAGCAUUUGAAGCUACAUCAAAGCUUACGCGAGACCUUAGAAAAGAUAGUACAAGAGAAAGCAACAAUGCCACCAGAUGCAGCGGCUCAGUUUGCUUCAUUUUCUGAUGAGAUCCCAUCAUUUGUACAUUAG